ACCAAGCAUUAGUGACCACAUAAACCAAGCAUUAUAUCUCGUCAUUUCACAGUUUCACUUUCACUAUCUCACUGAUUUACAAUGGAUUCCCAAAAUCGUCACCCAGAUUCUCACUCUCAUGACCACCAUCAUCAUCACACCCACGAGGAAAAAGAAGGAAUUGAAUACACAUAUCGUGAUGGAAAAGUAAAUCACAGCCAUGAUGGAUUAGCACCACAUAGUCAUGAACCCAUUUACUCACCUGGGUAUUUCAGCAGAAGAGCUCCUCCUUUGAUUACCAGAGAUUUUCAUGAAAGAGCUUUUACUGUUGGUAUUGGGGGUCCUGUUGGUACUGGGAAAACAGCUCUGAUGCUGGCUUUGUGCAAGUGUUUGAGGGACAAAUAUAGUCUUGCUGCAGUGACUAAUGACAUCUUUACAAAGGAAGAUGGAGAAUUCUUAAUAAAGCAUGGUGCACUUCCAGAGGAAAGGAUACGUGCAGUCGAAACUGGCGGCUGUCCACAUGCUGCAAUUCGUGAAGAUAUUAGCAUAAAUCUUGGUCCUCUUGAAGAGCUUUCAAAUUUAUACAAAGCAGACAUACUUCUUUGUGAAUCUGGUGGAGACAAUUUAGCAGCCAAUUUUAGCAGGGAACUGGCAGACUACAUCAUUUACAUAAUAGAUGUAUCUGCUGGAGAUAAGAUUCCACGCAAGGGAGGACCCGGCAUCACCCAAGCAGACCUUCUUGUUAUAAACAAGACUGACCUUGCCCCUGCAGUUGGAGCUGAUUUGGCUGUCAUGGAGAGAGAUGCUCUUCGUAUGCGAGAUGGAGGACCAUUCGUCUUUGCUCAGGUGAAGCACGGGUUAGGUGUAGAAGAAAUUGUCAACCACAUUCUGCAGGCCUGGGAAGUGGCAACCGGGAAGAAACAGCACUAGAAUUGUGCAUAUGCAUAGAAUUCUUAUAUUUCUUUUGGUGUGACUGCUACUGUCUUUCUGCUUUCGUAAUCAUGAUUUGAUACUCAGCAUUACUCUUAAGUAUCUUCAUGGAUGAUGAAGCUAAUAUACAGUGUAAAAAUGAAUAAAAGUGUGUAACUUAAAACUUGUUCUUUA